AUGAGUGACUCUACACAAGGUCGUCCACCCUAUCCACCUUUUACACGAGAAUCUGCGAUUCAAAAGGUUCGUGCUGCUGAAGAUGCUUGGAACAGCCGAGAUCCUCAACGCGUUUCAUUGGCUUAUAGUGAAGACAGUCAAUGGCGAAAUCGUGCUGAAUUUGUCAAUGGCCGUGGCGAAAUCGUUGAAUUUCUGCAACGAAAAUGGCGAAAAGAGCUUGAUUAUCGAUUGAUCAAAGAGCUUUGGUCGUACGAUGGCAAUCGAAUUGCCGUACGUUUCGCCUACGAAUGGCACGACGACUCUGAAAAUUGGUUUCGAUCCUAUGGUAAUGAAAACUGGGAGUUUAAUGAACGUGGAUUGAUGGUUCGGCGUUAUGCUUGUAUUAAUGAUCUACCAAUCAAAGAAGAAGAACGAAAGUAUCGCUGGCCACUUGGACGACGACCUGAUGAUCAUCCCGGGCUAACCGACUUGAAUCUAUAA